AUGUCUAAACAACCGGAAGGGGAGGGAGUACCCCCUAUCCAGCCGCCGCAGAACCCAAUACUGCCGGGGAUGGAAGAUGGGACUAACAAGAAGCCCAUAUACCAAGGAUUUGAGGAGAGAUUUGGACCAAUUCUAAGGGAAACAUUCAGAGAGAGAUUACUCCGGCAGGGGAAGAAGAAAGAGGUACCAAUGUUUGCAGAUAACGAUGACUUCGAGACUUUGGAUGAUGACAUGGAAAUUGUGGAUGAUGGGCUACGGUCAAAGAUUCACUUUUCACAGAGGAUUAAGGAUAUUAUGGGAAAGCCAUGGGAGGAGCAUGCAGUGUAUGUGAAGUUGAUGAAUGAUAAAACAGUGGCGGUUGCAACUCCCAGCGACCGAUUGGAUUCCCUGUGGCCAGAAUCGGAGGGUCAAUCUAUAAUGUACUAUGAUAAUAGAUACUUCUUGGUCAGAUUCAUGAGGAAGGAGGAUGCUACACAUGCGUUGACCAGGUGUCCUUGGGUGUUAUUGGAUAGCUAUCUGCAUAUUCAGCCUUGGGAAUGCAAUUUCAAUGCCCAGGCUAACAAAAUUGAAUCAAUGGUGGUAUGGAUUAGGUUGCCGGGGAUUCCGGUGGACUAUUACAAGAAGAUCCUUCGACGCUUUGGGAGAUUGCUACGGAGAGUUGUCCACGUUGACCAAUAA